AUGUCGCAACCAACCGUGCUCUCGACACGUAUCUCUCCAGCAAUCCUUCAGUUGACUCUCAAUCGACCUGCGUCACUCAACGCCAUCAACGCUGGUUUGCUCGAGGAGCUUGUGACUUGCCUUAAGAAUGCAAACAACGACCCUGACGUGCGCAUCAUCGUCCUUCAAGGCUCAGGGUCGCGAUCCUUCUGCGCGGGUGAAGAUCUGAAGGAGUCCCUUGUCUCCGGGAGAGGGUCUCCCGAAGAACUUCAGACUGCGUUCGAGAAGCUCCAAGACAUCACUCGAUAUACAUCGAGCACUAACAAACUGAUCAUCGCUGCUGUCCAGGGGUAUGCUGUCGGAGGAGGUGCAGAGAUUGCCCUGGCCGCUGAUUUCGUGAUUGGAGGCCCCAAUGCCAAAUUCAAGUUUCCAGAAGUCACCAUCGGGCAUGCAGUCACCGGUGGGAUCUCACUUCGGCUGUGCCAGAUGGUCGGACUACUUAAAGCCAAGGAAUUGUUGCUUCGUGGACUACUCCUUGAUGCCCAAGAAGCGCUUCGACUGGGACUUUUGACCGAGCUCGUCGAACAUCCAAAGGAGAGAGCAGUUCAACUCGCAUUAGAACUCGAGAAGCUACCAGCCAAAGCAUCCAGUUGCUCGAAAAUAGGCCUAGAGAAAGCGGUAUUUUCGAACAUGGAGGAAGUCCUCCGCGACGAAGUGCAAGCCGCAAACCUCUGCUUCGCCCAGCCAGACGCACAGCAAGCCUUUCAAAAUUUCCGGGAGAGGCGUGUUUUUGACGCAGAGCAGAUGACCUUGCGUAAUGCGGCUGAGGGCGACGUGAAGGCGAGCCCAAGGGGAACCUGUCCAAUUCUUGAAGGUGGUAGCACGCUGCCGAAAGACCUUAACACGGCUUUGCAGGUCGCCCUUCGAGAGUUUCCGCAAAAGACAUUCAUUCGAUUCGAAGGUCGAGAUACUUCCUUCCAACAAUUUGACGAGUCAGUCGCCCAGCUCGCAGGUGGUCUGAGACAUUUAGGUGUCGGUCCGGGUGACAGGCUCCUGGUCAUGAUGAGAAACAGCCUGGAGACGGUCCAUACCUGGUUUGCCACUAAUAGACUGGGAGCCACUUGGGUUCCAGUCAACGUGGAGCUAAAAUCCAUUACCCUCCAGCAUGUCGUCUCUUCGGCUCGGCCAAAGCUGGCCAUUGUUGAUGCCGAGUUUGCCUCACACAUCAAGGGAACCAAAGUGUUCUCGGAGAGUCAGAUCUAUGUCAAGAACGGGGUCAAUAGCGACGAGAACAGCCUGUCUGCUCUCUAUCACUUUGGUCGAGCCGAGGAUGCUGUGCCGGUCCUACCGUCGACUCCCGCAGCAUUCCUCUACACGAGUGGUACAACUGGGCCAUCCAAGCCUUGCAUCCUAUCUCAUCAAUAUUUCAUCCUGCAGGCGACGGCAUUGAUCGAAGGCUUUGGUCUUCGUCAGGAUGAUGUGCUUUACUGCCCGUUCCCGUUGUUUCACGUCGACGCUACCGCCUUGACUACGGUUCCUGCCCUGCUCCUGGGCGCAACGGCUGCGCUCUCUGUCCGCUUCAGCGCGAGCCGCUUCUGGGACGAGAUCCGAGCAAGCAAAGCCACCGUCUACGACUUCAUGGGGGCCACUCUCGCGUUGGUCUACAAGCAGGAACCCACCCCUCAGGAUCGGAAUCACAAUGUGCGAUUGGCGUGGGGCGUGCCCAUUCCUGACUUCAGCAAGGACUACGAGCAGAGAUUCGGGCAUCCGCUGCUGACAUUGUAUGGAAGCACCGAGACAAGCCUGCCCAUCAUGCAGAAGGGAGCAACCCUCCCCAUCGGUUCCUGUGGACGCUUACGACCGGGAUUUCACCUUCGGAUCGCCAACGACUUUGACGAGCCACUUCCGGCAAACACCCCCGGCCAGCUCUUGCUGCGGAGCGACAAGCCGAAUGCAUUUUUCCAAGGCUACUACGGCAACGACGAAAGCACCCUCAGGUCGUUUGCAAACCUGUGGUUCCACACAGGAGACCUGGCAAAGGUGGACGAGCGCGGCAACGUCUAUUUCCUGGGCCGCAUCAAGGACGUAAUCCGCCGACGCGGCGAGAACGUCAACACCGCCGAGGUCGAGGCGGAGUUCCUCAAGCACCCCGCCGUAGCCGCCGCAGCGGCCUUUGGCAUCCCCUCGGCCCUAGGGGGCGCGGGAACAGAGGAAGAUGUCAAGGUCACGGUCGAGCUGCGCGCUGCUGCGAAGGUGAGCGAGGCGGAGCUGUGGCGCUGGGCGACGGCCAACAUGGCGCGGUUCCAGGUGCCCAGCGUGAUCCAGAUUGUGCCAGUCAUCAAAAAGACACCGACGGGGAAGGUGGAGAAGCAAGCGCUGACUGUGGAGGGAGGGCAAAGAUUUGGUUUCGUGAGGGAGUCCAAGCUGUAA